AUGGAGGAGUUCUCUGUGCUUCUCCACAGGGCAUGUACACCAUGGAAGGGGCUUCUUCUCACAGCCUCCAUUUUAGGCUUCUGGCACAUGUCCACUACUGCCCAUAAGACCACUGUGUCACUGCCACGCCAAGUGGUUGAAGGAGAAAAUGUUCUUUUGCUUGUCCACAAUCUGCCAGAGAAUCUUAUAGCCUUUGCCUGGUUCAAAGGGCUAACAAAUAUGACGCGAAGAAUUGCAGUAUAUACACUGCACAACAAUUUUGGUGCACCAAGGCCAGUGCACGGUAGUAGAGAGACAGUUUAUAGCAAUGGAUCCCUGCUGAUAGAAAAUGUCACCCAGAAAGACACAGGAAUCUAUACCCUACAGACCUAUAAUAGAAGAGGAAAAAUUGCAUCAACAACAUCUAUGUACCUCCACGUGCACGCCUCCAUUUUAGGCUUCUGGCACAUGUCCACUACUGCCCAUGAGAUCACUGAGUCACUGCCACGCCAAGUGGUUGAAGGAGACAACGUUCUUUUGCUUGUCCACAAUCUGCGAGAGAAUCUUAUAGCCUUUGCCUGGUUCAAAGGGCUAAAAAAUAUGACUCAAGGAAUUGCAGUAUAUACAGUGCACAACAAUUUAAGUGCACCAGGGCCUGUGCACAGUAGCAGAGAGACAGUUUAUAGCAAUGGAUCCCUGCUGAUAGAAAAUGUCACUCAGAAAGACACAGGAAUCUAUACCCUACGAACCUAUAAUAGAAGAGGAAAAAUUGCAUCAACAACAUCUAUGUACCUCCACGUGCACGAGAAUGUAACACAGCCCUUUGUGCAAGUCACUGACAGUACAGUCACAGGACAUAGAUCUGUAACCUUCACCUGCAUUUCACCCGACACUGAUGUCUCCAUCCAGUGGAUCUUCAACAAGAAGAAUCUGGAGAUCACAGAGAGGAUGACUCUGUCCCCAUCAAAGUGUGGACUCAGAAUAGAUCCUGUCACGAGGGAGGAUGCUGGACUUUAUCAGUGUGAGGUCUCCAACCGAUUCAGUUCAAAGACCAGUCGCCCAGUCUUCUGGUCAUGA